GCACGUUUCGUAAAAUUUGUCCGGGACGAACUUUCGCGACGCUUUCGUGUCGUAUCGCUAACUUUUCGCUGAAGUUAUUGCUGCUUAAGGAUUGUUUUUGCUAGUGCGAGUUUCUUAAGGAUUUGUGGUUGAAAAGGCAAAAGGAUGGAGACGGUCGUCCAAUAUUUGCUGCUUGCUCUGGCUCUGACCUCAGUGCAAAUAUCGUAUACAGAGAGCCGUCUAAAUGAAAAACGGAGAGAUAAAACUGAACGAAGGUACCAUGGAGCGCAAAAUAAAGACAACAUAUGCGAGAUUACGAACCGAGAGUCCAAAGUUCAUUGCUACUGCGAGAACACAGAUAUACAAACAGCUACUAAAGCGGACUGUUGGGUGUUUAACGGCGGAAUCGCAGAAUCAGACCCAAUUUGGGCAAGCUUCAAUUCCCAGCCCCAUUUAGAAAAACUAACAUUCAACGUUCGAUCGGAUGGAGCACUCAAAUUCGUCCCAUUACACGUUAUACACCGCAUGAAAAGGCUCCAAAAGCUGUACAUACAUUACGCUACUUUGAACAAAAUAGAGAAGAAAACUUUCUCAAAUAUGACCACGGUGAGAGACAUAACGUUAAUGAACAACAAAAUAACAGAAUUGGAUUUCUCAGCGUUCACAAAUCUCCCAGCGCUCGUAAACUUGACGAUAAAAGAGAAUAAAGUUACUGAGAUUCAAAGAGAUGUUUUCGUCGACCUGCCGAAUUUGAGGUAUCUCGAUUUGUCAUUCAACAGCAUUAGUUUAGCUCAUGACGGCUGUUUUGAACAUCUGACGGUUCUCAACGAUCUGAUAUUGGAGGCAAAUUCAAUUACAGUGUUGACUAGAGACACUUUCAGAGGUCUCGCUAAUUUGACACGAUUAGAUCUGCGAUCGAACAAGUUGUCUAUGAUAGGGGACCUGACCUUUGCUGAACUGUGGAAUUUGAAUGAGUUGCUUUUGGACAAUAAUGAGUUGAAGUAUUUAUCUGAGAGGGCAUUUGAUGGAUUGGCUAUGCUUCAGAAGUUAUCGAUGACUGGGAAUCGAUUAAGGUCUAUUAACGAGGGGCUCUUGGAAGGGGUCAGGGGUUUAGAACUGCUAGACUUGAGAAACAAUGAGCUGGAACACUUCACGUAUGAAACUAUAAAGCCGAUACUCGAGAAUUUGAAGAUUAAGACGUCUGUGUUGUACUUAAGUGGUAAUAAACUUGUUUGCGACUGUCGCCUCUCCUGGAUCCAGACAUUAAGGAAUGAAACGAAGAGCGAGCCUUUACGACUUGCACUUGAAGAUGUUACUUGCAUACUUACAGAUGCUAACGAAAUUAACAAUGGAAAGGAGGUAAACGAUGCUUUGGCAGACGGUAAUGAAGCUCAAAGUGCGAGCGAUGAUGACCAGGCAGAGCCUACCGCUCAACCGAUUGUUAACCAACUUGUAAUUGUAGACAUGCCUACAGAGGCGCUGCCUUGCCCCCGUCAACUUACUGGAGAAGACUCCCUAAUGCUUUCUUCAAAAGAUGAAAGUUAUGGAAAUUCAAGUUCAUUAUUAAUAUGUAAUGUAAGUUUAGUACUAAUGUUAGUAUUAAGUGUGUUAUCAAUAUGUUAG